CCUACCCUGAGUUUUAAAAACACACGGAAAACAAGACCCAAAAACCCUCGCCCUAAUUCAUCAAACUGCACACCCUCACAACCCAUCAUAUUCUUGUCACGCUGCCACUGUCUCCCGAACAACCCUCACGCCGGAAUCAGUUGCCGACGAUACAACAGCUAGGUUUACUUCCGUCACCGCAACAACAAAUGGCUAAAGAUGAAGCAUAUCUUCAAUCAGUCAUCCCUAAACGAAUCCAACUGUUUGAAUCUUACAAAGCUGAACAAAUUGCACAUCUCCGGUCAAUUUCCGGUGACCCCAUUAAGGUUACAUUGCCUGAUCAUGAUGGGAUUGUGAAGGAGGGAAAGAAGUGGGAAACAACUCCUUUGGAUAUAGCGAAGGAAUUACCGAACCGUUUGGCGUCAAAUGCUUUGAUUUCUCAGGUGGAUGGUGUGCUGUGGGACAUGUCAAGGCCUUUGGAAGGUGAUUGUCAGCUCAAGAUAUUCACUUUUGAGAGUGAUGAGGGUCGCGAUACGUUUUGGCAUUCGAGUGCUCACAUUCUUGGGCAGGCUCUAGAGCAAACAUAUGGAUGCAAGUUGUGUAUUGGGCCAUGCACUACAAGGGGAGAGGGUUUCUACUAUGAUGGUUUUUAUGGUGAACUCGGCCUAAAUGAUGAUCACUUUGAUCGAAUUGUUUCUGAAGCAAAGAAAGCUGUUACGGAAAAACAACCUUUUGAACGAGUUGAAGUUUCACGAAAGCAAGCACUUGAGAUGUUUUCUGAGAAUAAGUUUAAGGUUGAGAUCAUUAGCGACCUACCUGAAGACAAGACUAUCACAGUUUAUAGGUGUGGGCCAUUAGUUGAUUUGUGUCGUGGACCCCACAUACCAAAUACGGCAUUUGUCAAAGCAAUUGCUUGCUUAAAGGCUUCAGCGGCUUACUGGAGGGGAAACAAAGAUCGUGAGAGCUUACAAAGAGUUUACGGGAUAUCUUAUCCUGACCAAAAGCGUCUAAAGGAAUACAUUGCCCUGCUAGAAGAAGCGAAAAAAUAUGACCACAGGGAAUUGGGCAAGAAACAAGAGCUUUUCUUUUUCCAUCCACUUAGCCCAGGAAGCUGCUUCUUUCUUCCCCAUGGUACUCGAAUAACCGAGAAAUUAAUGGCAUUUAUACGAACAGGGUACCGUAAACGAGGUUAUCUGGAGGUUACCACCCCAAAUAUAUACAACAUGCAACUCUGGGAAACCUCAGGCCAUGCUGCCAAUUACAAGGAGAACAUGUUUGUAUUUGAUAUAGAAAAACAAGAGUUUGGGCUUAAGCCAAUGAAUUGUCCAGGACAUUGUUUGAUAUUCGAUAACCGAGUUCGUUCUUACAGGGAACUUCCACUCCGUAUAGCGGACUUUGGAGUUUUGCAUCGCAAUGAAGCGAGUGGUGCCUUGACUGGUUUGACCCGUGUUAGAAGAUUUCAGCAGGAUGAUGCUCAUAUUUUUUGUAGAGAAUCCCAGAUAAAAGAGGAAGUGAAGAGUGUGUUAGAGUUCAUCAACUACGCCUAUGAUGUAUUUGGUUUCACCUUUGAACUAAAGCUAUCAACAAGGCCAGAAAAAUAUCUUGGAGACAUGGAAACAUGGGAUAAAGCCGAGAAAGCGCUUGAAGAUGCAUUGAAUGAGUUUGGGAAACCAUGGCAUAUCAAUGAAGCAGAUGGGGCAUUUUACGGCCCGAAAAUUGAUAUAUCAGUUUCUGAUGCAAUGAAAAGGAAAUUUCAAUGCGCAACUUUACAAUUGGACUUCCAACUCCCCCAACGCUUCAACUUAACAUAUUCCGCAGAAGACGAGACUAAAAGAGAGAGGCCUGUUAUGAUACACAGAGCUGUUCUAGGGUCGGUUGAACGAAUGUUUGCUAUUCUUUUGGAACACUACAAGGGAAAAUGGCCUUUUUGGCUUAGCCCUCGUCAAGCAAUUGUUUGCCCUACUUCUGACAAGUCCCAAGACUAUGGACAACAGGUAAAGAGCCAGAUUGAUGAAGCUGGUUAUUAUGUUGAUAUUGACUCGUCUGAUAGAACAAUCCAUAAAAAGAUACGAGAAGCUCAGUUGGCACAAUACAACUAUAUACUGGUUGUUGGUGAAGAGGAAGCCAAUAAUGGCAAGGUAAGCGUGCGAGUGAGAGACAAGCAAGAACAUUCAGUCAAGACAAUUCCAGAUCUCCUUAAACAUUUCAAACAAGAAGUUGAAGCUUUUCAUUAGUAAUACCAAACAUACGGAACACUUUUGAAUGCUAGAUUUUAAACGUACGAUUGGAUUUUGUAAAAUUUUCACACUUGUCACAGAAAUUUAUGACUGUGAUUGUUACAAUGGUUAUUUAGGAAUAUGCAAAAUUAGUAUGUAGAGUAGUAUCUACAAAAUGAUUAUGAUUCGAUAAACUUUAGCAUGUAAAAACCAGUGUUUACAAAAUCAGUUAUUGAUUGUAAGCUGACGCUUGAAUUGUU